AUGGAUUUUCUCACCGAUCAACUAAAAAAGAAGUUCUCCGACAAGAAACCAGAAAGUUCAGAACCGGAGACGAACCACAACAAAAACAAACCCGGUCAUGCCGGUCCAACAACUCAUAGCGGACAUAGGCCAGCUACCAACGCUGAGCUCAUGGCUAGUGCUAAGAUUGUAGCCGAAGCUGCUCAAGCCGCUGCUCGCAAUGAGACUGCCAAGCUAGACAAAACUAAAGUCGCCGGAGCCACCGCUGAUAUUCUCGACGCCGCCGGUAGAUACGGCAAGUUUGAUGAAAGCGGUGUGGGUCAGUACCUCGAAAAGGCUGAAAGUUAUCUCCACAAGUAUGAAUCUACACACUCUCACUCCUCCAGUGGUGGCAGCCACGGCGGUGGUAGUCACGGUGGAGGUGCUGGAGAACUGGCGGGUAAGAAAGGGGAUGAGAAAUCGGGAAGUGGUAGCCAUGGGUUUGGAGACUAUGCUAAGAUGGCUCAAGGUUUCAUGAAGUGAUUAAUGUUUUAAUUAGUAGAUUAAAAAUAAUUAAGUAUCCUUGCAUAAUUACUUUUAGUAAGUUGUGGCUUUAUGAAUUAUUAACCGUGGGAUCUGUGUAUGGUGUUGGAACUUGCUGAUGUAAAAUAAAAUGUUUCUGUUUUAUUUUCUAAAAAAUGUUGAUCAA